AUGUCUGUCACUUCUCGCCCUCUUCCAUCAAUCAGCAGUGCGCCAGACAGCCUGCAAAACCAGCAAUUUCUAACUCCUCCUAUGUCCCACAAGAGUGCCGAGGACAUACCUUUUAAACCUGAAAAGCCUGAUGAUAUCAGCUUAAGCAUGAAAAGGAGUGGGAACCAUCGACAUGGACAGCACGAGAUCUCCUGUCAGAACGAAAAUGCUGGUCACAAAAAGAAGUCUCGCCAGUGCAGAAACCGAGGAUCUGGCACCCGGCAUCGCUCGUACAGCCUACGCAAAGCCCUCUCUCUUCCGUCGGUCCAACCCCGAUUUGAUCUCGGAACUGUCGAACUUCUUCAGAGCCCCCAACACAGAACACGACGGUGGACAGUUCCUUCCAAAGCUUCGUCCACCCAGGGGCUCGCUACGCUUGUGCCAGUCGAUGUCAACGCAUGUACUGCUGAUCCGUCCUGCGUCAUAGGAUUCAAUUCAGACCGGAGCCCAGCAAUGAUCACGCUGCGUCGCGCGACGACUACGAGAUCACGUAAACAGACGUCGCUCACAUCAUUCCCACCACCCAAGUUCAGGCGGCAUGGCAGUGGACUGCUCUCGACGUUUUUGAAUUCGAUCACCAGAUGCGACGAAGUCGUCAGCCAUGACAAUACGGAGGUAGAUCGAACGAGGCAGGUCGUGCAGAAGCCACGUACAGCGUCCACAGUAAGCAAAGGAGAUAUUCGGCCGUCGACCUGCGCCGCUGCUCCACCUGUUCAAACCGAAAUCGUCACGGUAGAACCCCGGUUGUCGUGUUCCGCACCAAAUCAGUCUGCCGCGCCCAUCCGCCGCUGCUCGACACGCUACAUUUCGAACAAUGUGGUGUAUGAAAUUAUCUGGGAUGAGAAUUCUACUUCGAGUAGCUCCGAUGGGGAGCUCCCCAACGUCUAUGGGCAGGCCUCACUGUUCCGGAGCCAAGAUCUCACUAGGACAGAGACAUUAGAGCGACGAUUGUCGAAGACUCUGUCGCAGUCACGACGAGAGUCCCUUCAGGGGGAAUGGAGGAACAAGAACAGCCAUGCGGCCAGCAACGUGUUGUCUAUGCAAAGCCUGUGGGCCAAUCCCAAAAUUUCCAGGCUCUUCCGCGAACCAGCUUCAAGAAACCUGGGUCAAUCUUUAGCUUCCAAGCGUGGCGAGAUGUUCCCCUCUUCAUUAACAGACGUGAAUGUAGACGUCGACCUCAAGCGAGGAGCCCCUAUAGGAGCAUCCACUAACGGUGUCGAGUUCUUCCCUCCUCUCCAAAGUCGGGCCAACACCAACGGAAGUGAUAAUUUACUGUCUGCGUGGACCGCAGGGUUCAAGGAUAUUUGGGGAGCAGUUGGGCGGCGAGACCCGGUCCCAUGUAAUCCGUUUGAAGAAGGCUCCGGGUCAGAGGUAGAAAGGAGUCGUUGUGGAAGUAUGAUUGGGAUCAGUUCGCGCACCAAGCGAAGGAGUGCAUCUGCUGAAGGGCACCUACAGAGACACUGGACCAGAAGUCUCCAGUCCUGUAGGAGGGGAGCGAGUGAAAGCAGAAGGUCAGAUGACGAGAUGCUACCUUUGUUACAGACGACUUGA